AUGACCAUUGCUCGCAUUCAGGCUCACGCCCAAAACCUGGAGGAGCGGCAUCAGCUACAGAAAAGUGAGCAUUAUUUUGAAAGGAGCUCCAGAAAAAGGGCCAGAUCAUUUGGAGCUAGAAGUGAGGAUAGAGGGGGACAGGCACAGGAGCAGUCCAGUGUUUCGAGCCCCCAGUACAGCAGUAGAUCUGGUCAGAUGAGGCCGCCCCCACCACGGUGCAACCAGUGUGGGAGGAUGCAUCGGGACGAUCGCCUGGGUUCGGAUGCUUGUUAUGCUUGCGGACAGAUGGGGCAUAAGAUGCGUGACUGCCCCUCGCUGCGAGGUAGAGGUGAGGGUCAGCCUACGGGAUCGGUAGCCGGUUCCUCAUCUUCUGUGCGUCCUCCUGGACAGACUUCCCAGGCUCCAGCGGGCCGCGGUCGAGGCAGAGGAGGAGCACCCAGUUCAGCCGGCCCUCCGCACCGUAUAUACUCGUUGGCAGGACGGCAGGAUCCUGAACCUUCCGCAGAUGCGGCCACAGGUGCGCUUUCGACGAUUUUUUCUACGAUAUGUGGGUGUUAA